AUGGCAGUAACCAAGCAUGGGCACCAGCCAGCCCAAAGGCUGGGGUGGGCGGCACCGGCCUACCAGAAAAAGGAUGGUGCAAACAAUCAUCCUGGGCCGCGCAGGCGUCGCUUGCAUCAUGACGGUGUGAAACCCGAUAGGCAGUUCGAGGUGAGGGUAGGGAGUUGGAAUGUGGGAAGUAUGAGAGGGAAAGGAGUGGAGAUGUGUGAGGAACUGAGAAAUAGGAGGGUGGAUGUGUGUUGUGUCCAGGAGGUGAGGUGGAGAGGGGAGGGGGCUAGAAUGAUGGGAGUUGAGGGAAGGAGGUAUAAGUUGUGGUGGAAAGGAAAUAAUGAUGGUUUAGGGGGUGUAGGAGUCUUGGUAAAGGAAGAAUUGUGUGAGAAGGUGGUGGAGGUGAGAAGGAGAAAUGAUAGGGUGAUGACAAUUGUGAUGGCUUUUGAGGAGGAGGUGAUGAGGUUGAUAUGCGUCUAUGCCCCGCAAAGUGGUAGGACGCAUGAAGAGAAGGAGCAGUUUUAUGAUGAGUCGUCAGGGGAAUGGGGUUUACAAAGUGGGGGUGAAUUGGUCCUUUGUAUGGGUGACUUCAAUGGGCAUGUGGGAAAAAGGAUUGAUGGAUUUGAAGGUGUGCACAGAGGGAAUGGUUUUGGGGAGAGAAACUUGGAAGGAAGGAUGUUGUUGGAGUUUUGUGAUGAAAAGGAGUUGUGUGUAGCAAAUACAUGGUUUAAGAAGGAGGACAAAAGGAAGGUGACGUUCAGCUCUGGAGGAAAUGAGACAGAGAUUGAUUUUGUGCUAGUGGACAAGACGAAGAGAAAAUUUCUGAAGGAUAUAAAGGUGUUUCCAGGGGAAUUACAACACAGAUUCCUAGUGUUUUUUGAGGUGAAAGGUCACUUCAUUUAA